AUGGCUGGUUCCACCGUUAUGGCAGUUUAUAUGAUCAAUUUAAUUGCAAACAGAAACAUAUUCAGUGAACCAAUGUGCUAUUUUACUGCAUUACUGAAAACUUGUAUGACGUUAUUCUCGCUUUAUUCCUUAGCACUUCUAUGCAUUGAACGUUUGUUUAUGCUCAAAUUUCCAGUAAAACAUCGUAAAAUGUUUUCAUCAGUACGGCCAUUUAUCCUCAUUGUAAUCGUUUUAUCUCUGAGUAUACCGUCUUUAGCGGUGAGCACCUUCGAAGUCGUUUACUUCCCCAAGCAACAUUUAUGCUGGUUUAAUCUGGAAGAACUUUCUUUUGUGUCGGUAUUUUUAAUCCUUAUCUUCGCUGUUCCUGCUUUGGCUUUGGUAUUGAGCUCACUAGUUAUUAUCAAAACAAUAAAACACCCGAAGCACGUUGGAACUAAACUGGUUGUUCCUGGUGGUGAAUCUGACAAUACACAAG